AUUUCCAUUUUUUUCUUUCUCAGAAUUCGUUUAUAAAAUGAAACCAUCACAGCCCAGUGAUCAGAGAGCUUUGGACAAACAAACUGACAAGGAGAUGGUUGGAGUAAUGGGGGUAACAGAGAAGGGGAAUCAAGGGAGUCACCAACGCAACAAAACAACAAAGAUCUGGAAAUUGUGAAGUGAAAAAGAGGUGACACUCCACCUCCAACAUGGCCGGUGAUCAUUUGAUGCUAGCCCCAAUCUGCCUGAUUGAAAACAAUAAUGGGCAAUUCAUGGUGAACCAGGAAGCACUGCAGGUGCUUAGGACAUUUACCCAGCCUUUAGUGGUGGUGGCCAUUGUGGGGCUCUGUCGCACUGGAAAAUCCUACCUGAUGAACAAGCUGGCAGGGCGGAGAACUGGCUUCUCCCUUGGAUCCACCGUGCAGUCUCACACCAAGGGCAUCUGGAUGUGGUGUGUUCCUCACCCCACGAAGCCGAAUCACACCCUUGUUCUCUUGGACUCUGAAGGCCUGGGUGAUGUGGAGAAGGGAGACAACAAGAAUGACAAGUGGAUCUUUGCCCUGGCUGUGCUAUUGAGCAGCACCUUUGUCUACAACAGCAUGGGUACCAUUGACCAGCAGGCCAUGGAAGACAUUUAUUAUGUGACAGAACUGACAGAUAAAAUCAAGGCAAAGUCCUCCUCUAGAACUGAGCAGAUGGAUGACUCCAUGGAACUUGUGAGCCUCUUUCCAGACUUUGUGUGGACUGUGCGUGACUUCAUCUUGGAGCUGAAAAUCAAUGGGCAGCCUGCCACCCCUGAUCAGUACCUGGAGAAUGCCCUGAAACCAAAGAAAGGUACCAGUGAAGAAGCUGGAAUGUGUAUCCAGAAGUUCUUUAGAAACAAGAACUGCUUCGUCUUUGCCCCACCUGCUUAUGGAAAGAAGCUCUUAAAGAUUGAGCAACUUCAUGAUGAUGAACUUGAUGCAGACUUUGUGAAAAGUGCUGAAAAUUUCAGCAAUCAUAUCUACAAUAAAGCGAAGGCCAAGACUCUCCCUGGAGGUGCCAUGGUCAAUGGGCCACGCCUAGGAAACCUGGUUGUGAACUAUGUGGAGGCCAUCACCAGUGGAGAUAUUCCCUGUAUGGAGAAUGCGGUCUUGGCUCUGGCUGAGCUAGAGAAUUCAGCUGCAGUUCAAAAGGCCUUUACAGUGUAUGAAAAGAUGAUGAGACUGGGGAUCCAGUUCCCCACAGAAACCAUUCAAGAACUGCUCUGUUUAUAUGACAUCUGUGAGAGGGAAGCCAUUAAUGUCUUCAUCAAGGACUCUUUCAAGGAUGUGGACCAGAAAUUCCAAAAAGCACUAGAGAACCAACUGAAAGCCAAGCUAGAUGAAUUCUGUAAACAAAAUGAAAGAGAGUCGCAAGAUCGCUGCACAGCUUUGCUUCAGGAUAUUUUCAGGCCUCUGGAGGAAGCAGUGAAGCAGAGUGCCUUCUCCAAACCAGGGGGCUAUGACAUCUACCUUCAGCAGAUGCGAGAGCUCCAAAAGAAGUACAACCAGCAGCCCAAGAAGGGGAUCCAGGCAAACAAGAUUCUGGAAGAAUACUUAAAGUCAAAGGAAACUGUAGCUGAUACAAUUAAGCAGGCAGACCAAAGGCUUACUGAAAAAGAAAAUCAGAGGAGAGAGCAAGAGAGGCAAGCACAAGCUGCAGCAGAGGCUGCAAGAAGGAUGGAGAUGGAGCUAAGGAGGCAGGAGCAGAUCAACUGGGAAAUCCAAAGGAGACAAGAAGAAGAAAUAAGACAAAUGUUUAUACGUAUGGAAACCGAGAAGAGAAGAUUGUUGGAAGAACAAAAGAGAGAGAGGACUAGGAAACUAGAGGAAGAAGCACGAAAAAUCCAGGAAGAACAAAGAAGGGCAAUGGCUGAACAGGCACGAAAUCUCCAGAAAUUUCGGCAGCAAUAUAAUAACCAUAGCUCAGAUGUCUGUCCUAUAUUGUGAAGAUAUGAGCUUCACCAUCUCACCCAGAGCUACAGAGUUGUUUCCAAGAGAAAUGUUGACAGUUCACUGGAGACUCAGCUUGCUGAAGUAAUAAUAGAAUUGGAUAACUGAAUGACCAAAGGCAUUGGUUAAACCCUGGUCCAAAGGAUGUGCCUUUAAAAAAAUAAUAUUCCUGACUAGUAAGUGACCCUUCAGCCUUUGCUCAAAGUUCCCCAAAGACAGAGACUUCACUGCCUUUUUAGGCAAAGCAUCUUGAUCCACUUUUGGUCAGCUCUCUUUGUUCGGAGGUUUUUCCUUAGCAGGGCAGGAGUUUUCCCUACAAAUGCCACCCAACUCUGCUUCCUGUGAAUGAUCUCACCUUGUCCAACCCUUCCCAUUUUGAAAUGGAAACUGGAAAAGAAGACAAGAAAAAAAAGGAGAAAAGGGACAUUUGAUGGCUUGAAGCAUAUCCCCAAAGAAGCUUGCUGCUGCUGCACUUUCCCAUGUGGGAUCUCUAGUUCUAGGGCCUCUUUUCAUAUAAGGGUAUGGGUUUACUGCUCAGAAGUGGACAAAUGCUCUCCUUCCUCUCCCUUACGAAUGUCAACAAAUCAGUACUGUUUGCUAUAGAUCAUUGUACCUGCGUUAGUAGUUGGGCUGUCACCCCAGGACAAGCUUAGGUGCCUCUGAGCAGUGGGAAAAAGCUGAACAACUGACUAGAUGAGGAGGUGAAAGAUGUGUGCCCGAUCAAUGGAUUAACUCAGAGGGUGGCAUCCCAAGAGCAGCACACUAGGCAAGGGUGAGAGUUGCAAAAAGGUUCCCUUCUUGCUGAUG